UUAGAAACAUUCCCAACCCUGUCCAAUUAAAAUUUUUACCUCUUUUUAUUAAAAAAAAAAAAGAAUAAUAAUUAAACAGUUUUAAAUUAAAAUUGUCAUUUUUAAUCUAAAGCUAAAUAGAAAAAUUAUAUUCUCCUUUGUUAUUGUAUAAAUAAGAAAAUUUGUCUUUUUUUAACACAUAUAUAGCAGACGACAGUGCAUAAAUUUGUGAUUCGAAUAUUCGCAAUUUAAAAAAAAGAAUUAUAAUUUUUUUUCGAAAAAAAAAAUGAAGCUUUUGACGCAUAAUAUGUUGACAUCCAAGUGUUUGAAAGGUGUUUCUGUUGGAUAUCCUCUUGCAAUUGUGGCAAAAGAUAUUAAACUUUGCGAAGUUGAUUUCAAUUCAGAAUUUAUCGUUCGAAUUAUUCCAAAAUUAGAUUGGACAGCACUUUGGAAAGCAGCAGAAAGUAUAGGACACGUGGGUGAAUUACCACAAAUUCUCGUCGAUGAUUUUGAGUCAAAUGAAGAUUUUUUGAAAAAAGUCCAUCACAUUUUAAUGGAAGUUGAAGUAAUAAAUGGCGUACUUUUGUGCCCGGAAACAGGAAGAAAAUUUCCAAUAACCGAUGGAAUUCCAAAUAUGUUACUCAAUGAGGACGAAGUUUAAAUUUAAAAAAAAAAAAAGAAAAAUUCCAUUUUUUCAUUUUAAAUAUCAACAAUUUGCAUUUUAUCACUCAUUUGCUUAAAUAAAAAAAAAUAUAUAUGUACAAAAUGAAAGAAGUUAUAGAUUUUUUUCAAUUUUUGAAAAAAAAAACUCAAUCGAAGAAAAAAAAAAUUAAUUUAAAAAAAAACGAAAAGUUUUCAAAUUUCCCUCAAUUAUUGUAAAUUCUUGACAAAAGAAAAAACAUGGAAAUAUUUUCAAAUUCAUUUUUUCUUGAAAUAAUAAAAUUUCUAAAUUAGGGGAGGAAAAAAAAGAGAAUUUGAUUUGAAAUCUUUUUUUUUCCGAAAUAAUAAAUCUAUUUUCUAAAUUAGGAAAAAAAAGGGGGAAUUUAAUUUGAAAAUAUGUUUUUCGAAUUAAUAAAUCUAGUUUCCAAAAUUAGGGAAAAAAGAGAAUUUGAUUAGAAAAAAAAUUUUUUUUUUUCCUAAAUUACGAAUUAAGGAAAAUUUUUCAAAGAAUUUUUAUUUUUACAUUUGCAUAGGCUUAGAUUUUUUAUUUAUCUCCAUUUAAAAUGCAAAAAUUUAUUUAUUGUAAAAUAAAUUUAAUAGAAUUUUUUUUUUUUUUUUUAUUUGUUGAAGAUUUAUUAGAUUUUAAGGAUACGACCAAUCGAUGUAUUGUGGAUAGUCGCUAAUUUUUAAGGUAAAAAAAAGGAAAAAAAAAAGAAAAAAACUCUGUACAAUUAGAAAAUUUUGUCAUUAUGUUUUGAAUAUUAACAUAUAAAUAGAAUGAGAAAAAAUAUAUAUAUGUAUACAUAAUAAUUUUUUGUUUUUAAUAAAAAAAAAUAAUAAUAAUAAUAAUAAUAUACAAA